AUGUUGCCAUUGGUACUUGACAGGGAUUGCACCCUGCCAUCCCGCUCCUCUCUAGAAUCUUGGUGGCAUAGGCUCCUUGGCUGAUCAAGGUGCCCCUCACACUAUGCUUGACUUCAGUGUCAAGAUAGUAGUGAAGCAAGCUGAAGUCGCUCAUCUUGAAUGCGUCAGUCAUUUCUUUUUUGAACUGCUUGAUGUCAUUGCAACUGGCACCGAUGAUCACCAGGUCAUCGACGUACACCCCGACCACUAGCUGCACCUCCCCGUUCUACUUGGUGUAGAUGGCAUGUUCCGAGGGACUCCUCUUGAAUCUGAACAACAGCAACAUUUCAUCUAACUUCGCGUUCUAGGCCUUAGGCGCCUGAUGUAAGCCGUAGAGUGCCUUCUUCAGCUUGAAUACCUUGUGCUCGUGACCCGUGCUGAUGAAACCGGCCAGCUGCUCCACAUACACCUCUUCCUUGAGAUCGCCAUUCAAGAAUGCCGACUUGACAUCCAUGUGAUGCACCUCCCACCCCUCGUGCGCUGCGAGAGCAAUGAGAAGUUGCACCGUGUCCAGCCGCACCACAAGUGCGAACACCUCGUCGUAGUCGAUCCACUGGCGUUGUAUAUAGCCCUUCACCACUAGGCGCGCCUUGUACUUCGCCACGGCUCUAUUUUCAUCCCGCUUCACCUUGUACACCCACUUCAACCAGAUCGCCCGGCAACCAUGUGGGAGGUCUACUAGGGACCAAGUGCGGUUUUCCUCGAUCGACGCCAUCUCCUCCUCCAUAGCCUUCCUCCAGCUCGGGUGGCCCUCUGCUUCAACAAAAGAGACUGGCUCAUCAGAACUUACAGUGUGCAGCUCCUUUGCAAUUAACGCCCGCGACGCAAGACCACGUGACGAGGUCAGCCCAACGAUGUUGUCGAUCUUGCGGAAUCGGAGUGACGCAUCAUCGUGAUUAGCAUCCAAGUGGUCGAUGUGGACACUAGGUGGAGUGGCGAACUCCACCUCCUCUCCUCCAUCUUCAAUCAACGCUGCUCCCCCACUGUAGUGCACGGACGGUGGCGACAUCGGCUCCGGUCCCGGCGCAUCAUCAUCAAGUACCUCGAUUGCACCAUCGAGCUCUAAAGGUACCUGGUUCACAACGGCAUACUCCAAUGUGAACAUAUCGUCGUGGCUGCCCGCAUCCCCUUGCUUUGCACUACUGCCCUAGUCCCACUGGGCAUUUUCGUCGAACACCACAUCCCGUGUCACAUGUACACGCCUCGUGGUGGGAUCGUAGGCUCAGUAGGCCUUUGAUCCGUACUCGUAGCCGAUGAAGAUCAUCUUGCGGCCGUGGUCCUCCAGCAGCUUCUUGAGAUGCGGUGUCGUGUUCAGGACUUAGGCAAUGCAUCCGAACACCUUCAGAUGGUGCACUGCCAGCUUCUUCCCGUGCCAUACCUCAGAAGGCGUCAUGCCAUCCACACUCUUCGUGGGACACCGGUUCAAGAUGUAUACAGCAGUUGCCACUAUCUCACCCCAAAACCAGCCCGGCAGCCCCUUUGCCUUGAGCAUGCUCCUCGCGGUUGCUACCACCGUACCAUUCCUGCACUCGACGAUGCCAUUCUGCUGCAGGUUGUAUAGCGUUGUGUGUUGACGAUGAAUACCUUCUCCCGUGCAAUACUCCGCAAACUCAUGUGAGGUGAAUUCGCCGCCCCAAUUAGUACGGAGCGCUCCCAGCUUCAGUCCUGACUCGCCUUCUACCCGAGCCUUGAUCUCCUUGAUGGCCACCGCAGCACGGUCCUUUGAAGGCAGCAUGGCCACCCACAUGUACUGGCUUCGAUCAUCCACGAGCAGUAGGAAAUACUUGCUGCCGUUUGGUGUUCCCGGCGCAAUCGGAUCACAGAGGUCGCUGUGCACCAGCUCCAGAACACGCCGCGCCCGGUACUCUCCCUGCUCGGGGAACGCCGACCGCUUCUGCUUGCCAGCGAGACACGCCUCCCACAGCUGGUCCACCUGACCAACUACCAGCAACCCGCGCACCAGCUCCUCCCGAGCCAUCUUCCGCAGUGUGGUCAUGUUGACCUGGCCGAGGCGCGCGUGCCAUUUCCAAGCUUCUUCGACUGCCCGCGCUUCUAGGCACACCUGCAGAACCAGCUUGGCGUGGAGAAUGUACAGCCGGUUCUCUCCGCACAUCACCUUCGCCAAGAGCCGUUCGCCUGGUUCAUAGAUCUUCAUCGCCCCCUUCUCGAUGUCGAUAUGGUACCCGGCCUCAUCGAGUUGGCCGACGCUGACGAUGUUCGUCGUCAGUCGAGGAAUGUAAUACACCCCCGCGAAGGACCGGUGCUCGCCGUUCUUGCACAGGAACACGAUUGCCCCCCGGCCUUCGAUCCGCGCCACCGAGUCGUCGCCGAACCGCACCGUCCCAAGUACCUUCGUGUCCAGCUCGGUGAAAGCUGUACGGGAACUCGACAUGUGGUUCGUGGCACCCGUGUCCACGACCCACACCUCCUCAUCACGCAGCUCCUCCUCUUCAAGGUGGGCGAACACCUUCUCUUCCCGCAGAUGGAUCUGGGUCUGGGCGCCUGGCUUCCGCUCUUCUUUGGCGGCCCCUCCAUUGACGGGGACCCCUUUUGCUCCCGGGCGGCGGUGGGCUUGCACGCCGAAGCCGAUCCUCUGCCUGCAGAGUCGCAGCAAAACGUGGUGGAGUGGAGGUUGGUGGCGGCGCCGUCGAUAUGGCCGUCGUUGACUUCACGAGAAGGAGCGAGGCCUCCUCCUCAUCCUAGACGACGUGGGCCUGCUCUUUCUUGGGCUUGGAGCGGCACUUGCGGGCCUAGUGGCCCAGCUUCCCGCAUCUCCUGCACUCAUCACCGCUGGGCCGGCCUGAGUUGCCCGUCAGGCCGCCUGAUGACAAGCCCUUGUUGCUGCCACGGCCGCGCCCGCGCCCGCGCCCAUGUCUGCUACGGUGCGUCACGCUGCUGCUACCUCCACCACCAGUUUUCUCAGCAUCACGCUUCCUCCGCCGUGCCUCCCACUCUUCCUCGGUCAGGUACAGCUUGCCGUCGUGGUGCAUAGCCGGCGGUGGUUCCUCGAAGGCAUCCUCCGCCACCUUGAGCCGACCCGUCAAAUCCGCGACGGUGAGCGUCGACACGUCGAGCAGCAUCGUGAUCGCGACCACGAUCUGCCUGAAACGCUGGGGAACACUGCGGAUUAUCUUCUCCACUACCUGCGUCUCUUCGACCUUGUCACCGAGGGUGGUGAGAGUCGACGCCAUGCUGUUGAGACGCAGGGCGUAGUCGUCAACAGACUCUCCCUCCUUGAACGUCGCCGAGUCGAACUGCCGCCGCAAGUUCUGAGCCGACGUCUUCUUUACGCGGUCAUAGCCGAUCCGCAUGGUGGCGAUAGCCUCCCAGGCCUCCUUGGCCGUCUCCUUAUUUGCGAUCACCGGCCACAUUUCCGGCGGCACGGCACUGCAGAGCGCGUCGAGCGCCUGCAUGUCUUCAUGGGGUUCGACGCCCCCUUUCUCAAUGGCGGUCCAGAGCAACCGGGCUCUGAGCUUGACCUUCAUGAGCAAUGCCCAGUCGGAGUAGUUGGUCUUGGUGAGCAUUGGGAACCCGGUCCCGGCGCUCACCUCACGAAUCACCCUCUGGACCACGCCGUCCUUUCCUCCUGCCAUAGCGCGUCUCGAUUGCGCGUUCUCGAUUCCAACGGCUGUACCUUGCCGUGAUCGAGUCCCGGCCCCCGCAACCUGGGAGCUCUAAUACCACUUGUCAAAAACUCGCCGGAGAGACGACGGCAGUUAAGACGUCGCCGGCGAGAUCACCUCACGAGUCACAGGGAAAAAACACAGCAGGAGGAACAAGGAAAACUUUCUUCUGCUCUGUUUUUCCUGUGACUCGUGAGGUGAUCUCGCCGGCGACGUCUUAACUGCCGUCGUCUCUCCGGCGAGUUUCUGA